GGGCGGGGGCGGAGGAGCGGCUGCGGGAGAAGGGAGGGACCAGAGAAGAGAGACGAGAGGGCUCCCGACCCAGUUCGCCGACUAAGCAGAAGAAAGACCAAAAAACGGGAAAGAGAAGCGCAAAGAGGCACUUCAAGAACAGUCCUCUCGCCUGCUGGCCCGCAGCGCUCUAGGAAUCCAAAGUCGGUGCCUCCGGAAGACAAAGGCGCCCCCGAGGGAGUGGCGGCGCGACCCCAAGGCGAGGGCCCCGCCGCGGAGCCCGCCCAGCCCGGCUGCCCCGACGGUCGCGGACCAUGUCUCCCGCCCCACGACCCUCCCGCAGGCUCCUGCUCCCCCUGCUCACGCUCGGCACCGCGCUCGCCUCCCUCGGCUCGGCCCAAAGCAACAGCUUCAGCCCCGAAGCCUGGCUGCAGCAGUAUGGCUACCUGCCUCCAGGGGACCUACGCACCCACACACAGCGCUCACCUCAGUCACUGUCAGCUGCCAUUGCUGCCAUGCAGAGGUUCUACGGUUUGCGAGUGACAGGCAAGGCUGAUACAGACACGAUGAAGGCCAUGAGGCGCCCCCGCUGCGGUGUUCCAGACAAGUUUGGGGCUGAGAUCAAGGCCAAUGUCCGAAGGAAGCGCUACGCCCUCCAGGGCCUCAAAUGGCAGCAUAAUGAGAUCACUUUCUGCAUCCAGAAUUACACCCCCAAGGUGGGCGAAUAUGCCACAUUCGAGGCCAUUCGCAAGGCAUUCCGCGUGUGGGAGAGCGCCACACCGCUGCGCUUCCGCGAGGUGCACUAUGCCUACAUCCGCGAUGGCCGUGAGAAGCAGGCCGACAUCAUGAUCUUCUUUGCCGAGGGCUUCCAUGGCGACAGCACGCCCUUCGAUGGCGAGGGUGGCUUCCUGGCCCACGCCUACUUCCCGGGCCCCAACAUCGGAGGGGACACCCACUUUGACUCCGCAGAGCCCUGGACUGUCCGGAAUGAGGACCUGGAUGGGAAUGACAUCUUCCUGGUGGCUGUGCAUGAGCUGGGCCAUGCCCUGGGCCUGGAGCACUCCAACGACCCCUCAGCCAUCAUGGCACCGUUUUACCAAUGGAUGGACACAGAGAACUUCGUGCUGCCUGAUGAUGACCUCCGGGGCAUCCAGCAGCUUUAUGGGAGCCAUCCGGGGUCCCCCACAAAGAUGCCUCCUGGACCCAGGACAACCUCCCGGACUUUUGACCCCGAUAAGCCCAGGAACCCCACCUACGGGCCCAACAUCUGUGACGGGAACUUUGACACCGUGGCCGUGCUCCGAGGGGAGAUGUUUGUCUUCAAGGAGCGCUGGUUCUGGAGGGUGAGGAACAACCAAGUGAUGGACGGCUACCCAAUGCCCAUCGGCCAGUUCUGGCGGGGCCUGCCUGCGUCCAUCAACACUGCCUACGAGAGGAAGGAUGGCAAAUUCGUCUUCUUCAAAGGAGAUAAGCACUGGGUGUUUGACGAGGCUUCCCUGGAGCCUGGCUACCCCAGGCACAUCAAGGAGCUGGGCCGAGGGCUUCCCACCGACAAGAUCGAUGCCGCUCUCUUCUGGAUGCCCAAUGGAAAGACCUACUUCUUCCGGGGAAACAAGUACUACCGAUUCAACGAGGAGCUCAGGGCAGUGGACAGCGAGUACCCCAAGAACAUCAAAGUGUGGGAAGGCAUCCCCGAGUCUCCCAAAGGAUCAUUCAUGGGCAGUGAUGAAGUCUUCACUUACUUCUACAAGGGGAACAAAUACUGGAAAUUCAACAACCAGAAGCUGAAGGUGGAGCCCGGCUACCCCAAGUCCGCGCUGCGGGACUGGAUGGGCUGCCCGGCGGGGGGCCGGCCGGAUGAGGGGACUGAGGAGGAGACGGAGGUGAUCAUCAUCGAGGUGGACGAGGAGGGCAGCGGGGCCGUGAGCGCGGCCGCCGUGGUGCUGCCCGUGCUGCUGCUACUCCUGGUGCUGGCCGUGGGCCUGGCGGUCUUCUUCUUCAGGCGCCAUGGGACUCCAAAGCGACUGCUCUACUGCCAGCGUUCCCUGCUGGACAAGGUCUGACCCCCACCGCUGGCCCACCCACUCCCACCGCGAGGACUUUGCUCUGAAGGCCAGUGGCAGCAGGUGGUGGUGGGUGGGCUCUCCCGCCCAUCCCCAGCCCCCUCCUUCCAGCCUCCCUGCUCUUCUCUGUCCCCCGACUGGCCACUCCCACACUCACCCCUGCCAUUGCUUCUUCCCUAGCGGGGUCCCCUGAGGACUGAGCAGGAGGGCAGGCGGCCCCUUCCAGCCUCUGGCCCUCAGCUUGGUGUGUGUCCAGCCCCAUGCAAAUGUCUUGGGGGCUCUGCACUUGAAGGCGAGACCCUCAGACCUCACUGGUAAAGGUCACAUGGGGUCAUCUGCUCCUUUGCUACCCCUGACAUAUACCUUAAACCUCUGAACUCUGACCUCAGGAGGCUAUGGGCACGCCUGCCCCCAGGAGCCCCAGGUGUAAGCAGUGAGCACUUCCCGGGACCCCUUCUGGCAGGAAAGGGAAUCCACUCUUUUUGGGGAUGGAGACCGUGAGGGUGUGAGGUGGUGGGGAGUGCCCAGCCACGCUAAAAUCCCGGGAAGAAGACCCAGAGAGGAUCUGUGUGGCUUAGUCAGUGUCAAGUUCCUCUCACAAACGUGUGCCUCUGCCCCCCAUGCCUGCCCCCCGCUACCCCAGAGACCUUCCAAGGAAGGAGCCUGAGCCAUUAAAGGACUAAACUGGGGCUGAAGAAACCCUUGGCCAACCCCCCCAAUGUCAGCCUCAGGUGGGGUGUCAAGGCCAAGGGUUGUGCUUCCCCGGGAGCGGAGAGUUCAGAGGAGGCCCCGGGGUGAGCCUGAAGCCACAGAGAAAGAACCUCACUCUAAUGCAGGCAGCUGGGGCUGGGACCAACAGGCAGAGCAGUCAGGGGACACAGGUGGCAGCAUGGCAGCAGCGGAUGGCUGUGACUGGGCAGGUCGGACCAGCAGGGGCAGCACAGGGUGGGCGCUAGUUCCCAGGGAAGGUCUCAGGAAGGGCCCUGAGGAAGGCGCACUGGCUCCUCCUGGGCCCCUCCUCCCUGACAGGCAGCGUGGAGGAGAGCGUGGGGAUCCCGGAGAGAGGGGCAGAGGACACACAUAGAGGGCUGGGGACCUGGAGACCCCAGAGAGAGAGAGGCCUCGGAGUUGCUGGGCCAGAGGAGGGUCCGGGGGAGCCCAGCAGUGCCCAGCCUUAGCCACCGCCUGCCUGCCUCCAGGAGUGGCAGGGGCCCGGCCCUCUCCUGGCCGGGUCAGCCUCUCACUUCCCGGAUGGCCACACUCCUCUGUCUAGCUUCCGGUGUCCUGCCCUCCCUCUCCCCCAACCCGGCCCACCCAUUUGAAGUUCCCUUCAGCCACCGAAGGUGGUCAUGGUACUGGGGACUUGGGAGAGGGAGACUUUGUAGAGGGAGGAGAGGAGAGGGGUG